CUUCUGUAUCUGAUGAAUUUGUAUGGAAGAAAGCUUAAGAUGUUCACAUAUAUAUAUAAUAUGAUCCAAUACAGCAUAUACACACCGUGGCUGUGUAACCAGGCUCAAUGGAGAUAUUUGGUGUUCGCAUUAUUUCUUUGGUACUUUUCUUGAUGCUUACUAGAAACUUAAGUUGCAAUGCUUUUGGUGGGAGUAUGAAGGACGAGGAAGCACUCAAGGAAGGCCAAAAUGACAUGGAAAAUUCUGUCUCAAAUUAUGGUGAAAUGAGGGGCGUGAAAGAUGAUGAUGAUUGGAAGAUGGUGCAAAAGAAGGGAAACCAAUUUGUGGUGAAUGACAAACCUUUCUAUGUGAAUGGAUUCAACACAUAUUGGCUUAUGGUAUUUGCUGCAGAUGAGUCCACCAGAGGAAAGGUCACUGAGGUGUUCAAGCAGGCAUCAUCAGUGGGUAUGACAGUUUGUAGGACGUGGGCCUUCAAUGAUGGCCAAUGGAGGGCCCUACAGAAAUCUCCAUCAGUUUAUGAUGAAGAAGUUUUCAAGGCCCUGGACUUUGUGGUGAGUGAAGCAAAGAAAUACAAAAUCAGGCUUAUAUUAUCAUUGUCUAACAACUGGGAGGCAUAUGGAGGCAAAGCACAAUAUGUGAAAUGGGGUAAUGCUGCUGGCCUUAACUUGACCUCCGAUGAUGACUUCUUCUCACAUCCAACUCUUAGAAGCUACUACAAGGCCCAUGUUAAGACUGUGCUCAAUAGAGUUAACACAUUCACAAACAUCACUUACAAGGAGGAUCCAACAAUUUUUGCUUGGGAAUUGAUGAAUGAGCCUCGUUGCACCUCAGAUCCUACAGGUGACAAGUUACAGGAUUGGAUUCAAGAAAUGGCAUUCCAAGUGAAGAAAAUUGAUCCAAAACACAUGGUAGAGGUUGGACUAGAAGGAUUUUAUGGCCCAUCAACACCUCAGAGAACUCAGUUCAAUCCCAAUACAUAUGCUACACAGGUUGGAACUGAUUUUAUAAGGAACCACCUGGCUCUUGGUGUGGACUUCGCUUCUGUUCAUAUUUAUGCUGACUCUUGGAUUUCACAACAAAUUGCUGAUUCUCACCUCUCAUUUAUAAAAUCAUGGAUGGAAGCCCACAUAGAGGAUGCUGAAAAGUAUCUUGGAAUGCCAGUUGUUUUUGCUGAGUUUGGUGUAUCUUCCAAAGACCCUGGCUACAAUUCAUCAUACAGAGAUACAGUCAUAAGCAGUGUGUAUAAUACCAUCCUAAACUCCACAAAGAAAGGAGGGAGUGGGGCUGGAAGCCUUUUGUGGCAAUUUUUUCCUGAUGGAACUGAUAACAUGGAUGAUGGGUAUGCAAUUGUUCUCUCAAAAUCUCCUUCCACCUCAAACAUUAUACAGCUUCAAUCAUCUAGGCUUGCGCUGUUCAAUUCAGUGUGCAAUACUAAAUGCAGCUGGGGAUGUAAGAAGAAAAAGUUGUUGAACAACAUACUCUAUCACGAUGAACUGUAAAACCAUAUAUGGAAAGUUUCCGACUGUAAUGCUGUGGUCCUAUACAACCAUGCAUGGAUAAAUAUGUGAUUCACCAAACCAUCUUGUUAUGAACAAUGCUUUAAUUUCUA